CGUGUCCUAUAUUUUUUAUAUUUUGCUGGGUGAGUCUAUCACCAACUCUUGUUGAGCUACAAAGGGCAGCACAAAACUCUAGAAAUUUCAACGGACCACAAAUUUCAGAGGCGCCGAUUGCGAAACUUCCCUCGAAACUUCUCUCUUUCAGCGUGUUGAUUCUGAUACUACUUUUGAAUAUGAGUCGCCCACAGGAACCGCACCGAGCUUUCUUCCCUUUUGGAAAUCCCUUUAGAAUGAUAUCACCUAAGGGCUCGCAGUUGUCUCCCAAGCUUCUUCAGCUGUUGAACUCUUUUGAGGAAACCUUGGCUCAGAGAAUGAUUAAGCUGAACCCAACUAACAAGAGUGAUAUAUUCAGUUUGUUCAGUUUGUCGUGGAUGAAGUUAGCAAUGGAAUCCAUUUCUGAAACUUACAAUGACAUAAAAGCCCUCAUUAGUAAUCUUGAUCUUCCUGUUUGUGACUGGGAUGAGAAAUGGAUUGAUGUGUACUUGGACAUCAGCGUGAAGUUGCUUGACAUAUGCAAUGCUUUCAACUCGGAGCUCUCACGGUUGAAUCAGGGACAGCUUUUCCUAAAGUGUGCCAUGCAUAAUCUGGAGUCACCCCCUUCAAAGCAGCUUGCACGUGCCUGCUCUUCAGUUGAUGGAUUUAGAAAGCAUAUUCAUACAAAGAAUCCUAGACUUGACAAGUGCUGGACAAUAUUAGAUAGUCUGGUUGAAUCACUUGAUCUUCCAAAGGUUAAGAACUCUGCUAAAGGAAAGAUUUUGAUGCGUGCUAUGUAUGGAGUUAAGGUGGAGAUUGUUUUUGUGUAUAGCGUCUUUACUGCUGUCUUCUCUGGUUCUGCAGAGAAGCUGUUCAAUUUAAAUGUUUCCGAGACAUACUUGUGGGCACAAGCUUUUAUGGACUUGCAGACUAGUGUAAAUAAGGAAAUUAGAAAUACUUCUAACAGGAAACCCAUUGCGUUGACAGAGCUGGAAGCUGUUGAUGUUACACUUAAGAGAUUAUAUCCUAUGAUCCAAGAAGGGUCUGCCUCUGAUCAUGAGGAUGUUUUCCAGAAUUCCGUUACAGAAUUGCGAACAGUAGGUGAUAGCUUUUCAGGAGGAAUUGAGCUUCUUACGAAGGAAGUAGAUGGCUUUUUUGAAAUAGUAUUAUCAGGAAGAGAUGCCUUGCUCUCAAAUCUAAGAGCUGAUGGAAGUAAGAUUGAGCCGAAGAAGAUGCAGACGCAGACGGGAAAUGUAGGACAGGUUGUGAGGUGAAACGCAACGAGGCUUAGUAUUCUCCUGUAUACAGAAGGUUUUAGACAUUGGGUUUUCUGUUCUCUUAUACUGCAAAGUAUACUGUCUUGUAUUGGGUGUGGUGUGAGUUGUAAGGUCUAUUAUAUUAUUAGUUUAUCAAUGAUUAAUAUGUGUAUGAUGAUGUACUGUGAAAUGGCUUUGAUAUAUGAAAAUGUUAAUGUUUGGUGC